AUGAAGUCUCUUAUCACCGUGGCUGCCCUUACACUGGCUGCCCUUACCGGCACUGCCCUUAGCGGCCUCGUUGCUGCCCCAGUUGACUUGUCCAAGUACAACCUCUCCAACUGUACCAAAGCUUACUUGCCUUAUACUGCGACGCAAAUGACCGGAAUCGAGGUUAACGAGGAGCGAAAGUACGCGUACUGCGUCGUCACCACCCGCAAUUCCACCUUCUUCGACUACAAAUGCUUGUGUAGGGGGGGAGACGGCUUGGGGUCAGCAAUCAUCGAUGCGGCUCUUCUAGACGGCGCUGUUUGGCUCGAGUGUGGGUGGGAUUACUCCUUCAAUGUAGUCUUCCCCGAGACGAGAAACUUCUGCCGCACAUUGUUGAACGAAGACGCCGCCACUGAUCAUGGGCAAUUGUUGGAACGCUAUGUCCCGACCUAG